CACUGCUAGGUGCUAGCUUAGUACGUUUCGAUAUAUGUAUGUAACACUACAACUUACACAGUUAAUGGCUCAGACGUGUUGUGGUGGAAUUAAUCUUAACUAACAUGAACUUAAAAUGUCGUUUUAUAGCGUCACAGUCUCUGUACUAGGUACUAAGUAAAAAUGAAUAUUCCAAUAAGUCAUAUGAUUUUUCUGUAAUUCCAGUAGACCCACUUCGACAAGGUUAUGUAGGGUGUGAAUUCAGGUUACAACACUAUCGAAGUUUGUAUUCUGCUGGCUUCGUUUCUUCCAAUAUUUGUACAGAUGUUACUUUCAAACAUGGAGUGUGGUGUAGGGUAUCUGUCAGUCAUGUCUGUAUUACUUUUUGUUUGUGUGUGUAAUACUAUAGAUGUGCUGAAGUGCUUGAGGAAGUGUUUAGAAUUCGACUGAAGAAGUGUGUUACUUUCGAUAUGGUGUUGGAAUAUUUCUUGUUGAAGUAUUAAGUGACAUCACCGAAAUGGCGCUUGGAAAUAUGUUUCGCAGAAGAAAAAGCUGGACUCUUGAACCGAUCAAGACGAAUGCCAAUUCUACACAACCACCAGCAGCACCACAGCAGCAAUUGCAGCUUCAGCAGCCACAACAGCCGUCACCACAACAGCUCUCUCCCGGAGCCAACGUCCCGCCUCCAACACAGAUCAACAAGAUCAAAUAUCCAGGCCCGCCUCACAUCAAGAAAGACAAGCGACAGAGUUCCUCCAGAUUCAACAUUAGUAAAAAUCGUGAACUCCAGAAACUGCCACUUCUUAAAGACGCGACGUCGAACGAGCGAGACGAGCUGUUCGUGCAGAAGAUCCGGCAGUGUUGCGUCCUCUUCGACUUCGUUGCGGAUCCCCUCUCUGAUCUGAAAUGGAAGGAGGUGAAGCGAACGGCGCUGCAAGAGAUGGUGGAAUUUGUCACCACCCAAAGGGGAGUCAUCACGGAAGCAAUCUACCCUGAAGCGGUGAACAUGUUUGCAGUUAAUCUUUUCCGGACGCUUCCCCCCUCAAGUAAUCCAAAUGGUGCUGAGUUUGACCCAGAGGAGGAUGAACCCACACUGGAGGCUGCUUGGCCACAUCUGCAACUUGUGUAUGAAUUCUUCCUUAGAUUUUUGGAAUCACCUGACUUCCAACCAAAUGCCGCCAAGAGGUAUAUUGACCAGAAAUUUGUUUUGCAGCUAUUGGAAUUAUUUGACUCAGAAGAUCCAAGAGAACGGGAUUUCCUCAAAACGACGUUACAUAGAAUUUAUGGUAAAUUCCUGGGACUUCGUGCAUACAUUCGAAAACAAAUUAACAACAUAUUUUAUAGGUUUAUCUAUGAAACUGAACACCAUAAUGGGAUUGCUGAACUGCUUGAAAUAUUGGGCAGCAUUAUUAAUGGCUUCGCUCUGCCACUGAAGGAGGAACAUAAAGUUUUCUUAUUGAAAGUGUUACUGCCCCUACACAAGGUGAAGUCGCUGUCAGUGUAUCACCCACAGCUGGCCUAUUGUGUGGUGCAGUUCCUUGAGAAGGACGCUUCCCUCACAGAACCUGUUAUCAGGUGCCUGCUCAAAUUCUGGCCCAAGACACACUCACCCAAAGAGGUAAUGUUUCUAAAUGAACUAGAAGAGAUUUUGGAUGUUAUUGAGCCUGCAGAAUUUCAGAAAGUUAUGGAUCCAUUGUUCCGGCAGUUGGCUAAAUGUGUCUCCAGUCCACACUUUCAGGUCGCAGAGAGGGCUCUGUAUUACUGGAACAAUGAGUAUAUAAUGUCUCUAAUUAGUGAUAAUGCUGCAGACAUACUUCCCAUUAUGUUUCCAUCACUUUAUCGGAACUCCAAAUCCCAUUGGAAUAAAACAAUACAUGGAUUAAUUUACAAUGCCUUGAAACUCUUUAUGGAAAUGAAUCAGAAACUGUUUGAUGAAUGUACACAGCAAUAUAAGCAGGAAAGACAAAAAAGAGAGAAAGAGCGGCAAAGGAACCGAGAUGAAGCUUGGACACGAGUUGAAGAGCUUGCUAUGAGGAAUCCAGGUUAUGCUCCUUCACGCACCAACAGCAUAGACAGCAGCAUCAGUGACAUGGGUUCUCCGCUGGAUGGAGAUGCCGAAGAUGACAUGACGUAUGAAAAGCUGGAAGCUGAAGCUAGAGAGGUCCGAAAAGUACGAAACAAGGAGAAACCAUUGCUUCGGCGAAAGUCAGAACUUCCUCAUGACACAUAUACAUUAAAGGCCCUGAUCGACCACAAACGAGCAGAUGAGUUCCUGCCAACUCCACCAGAUGUAAACAAAUGCUAAUGAAUGGGCAGUGUUCGCUUGGCCAUGAGGCAAUAUCAUUAUUUUGGUGUCACUUGCACCUAACAAAAGUUGAGAGCAUCAUGAAAUGUUGGAGGCUUGAAAAGAGUCAGAAUUAUAAAAUGUAUAAUGGGCGUUGCAACGAAUGAAUGCAUCUUGGCGCUUAUGAUUAAUUAUUUAGCUACAUAAAUGCUGUAAAAUAAGAACUAGUUCAGGAUCUUAGCCCAGCAGCAUAAGAUGAAAUAGGUAAUAUCCAGGUGUGUUUAAACUCAAUCAAUAGUCGCAGUAAAGAUUAAGCACUGUGGCAGGUGUCCCAUGUGCUUUUCAUAAACAGUGUCAAUACAGAGAUUAAAGUGGCGUGUUCUUUAUAUGAGUGGUUACAGAAAAGUUGGUCUUUUUUUAACUUGUGGAAGUAUACCACUGAAACUGACAUGACCCAAAAAAAGUAAAGGGCGAUUAUUGUAUCCAGAAUUUAUAGGUGGUAUGCAUAAUGUAUCCAUGUUCAGAAUUGGAGGAACAAGCAAGAGAAAGAGGUGAAUUUCUGUUCCAGUGCUAGAUUUGAGAUCAAGAUUGCAUUAUGCUACAUAAUCAGUGCAGACUCGGCGGAACACGACACACAGCUAGUUCUAGUAAAGUCAGUAGCCAACUGGUGAGCUAGCCCCUGAUAACACAGAAGCUUCACAGUCAAGUUCAUUGGUUCAUGUAGUCUGCUCAUUGUAUAAGCUUUAUAUUGAAUUGCCAUUAUGUGGUUUGCAUUAAGCUCUUUGCAAACUUAAAGAAAGUAGGCUUCAGUUGCCUUUACUCAAAGCUCUUUGUCAUCAAUGGCAAGGUGUUUUACAUUGAAGGUGUUAAGGCUUGAGGAUGACAGACCACCAGGUUACCAAUAGCGGUCCCUCCUAUCCAGAUAAUGUCUGCCAUGGAUUCUAAGAUACACAUCUUAGAAUGGCUGAACCACUUUUAAUGAUAAGUGCUUGUGCCAAUACUAGUAAGAUUUUUAAUAAAUUGUAAGUCAUGACUGCACAUUUUACAGUAUUAACCAGUUAGGGAAAUGCAAUAAAUACUAUUCAAAUUGCAGGAGUAGCAUGAGAAACUGUAUGGUGGAAAUACAAAGUGGCAGUGUGUUUGAAGAAAUCUCAAAAUCCUGGGUGACAAUAUUUGUUGUGUAGCCUGCAAUAUAUGUUCUGCAUAUUUGUUAUCACUAUAUAAUAUUGUGGCCUUUACAUGCCGUGCUCUCGAACAGUGCUAAGCUUUGUCUGCUUAAUUCCAGUGAACUUUUACUAAAUAUUAGUGUUGUCACCAAGAGAAACAUGUGGGUUAAUCUUUGUCACAUGAUUGAUUCAACCUCUUCAUCUGAUAGGUGGAUCGGUUCUGUAUAUUCAAGAUAGGGAAGGAGAUUUACCUAUCAUGACCCAGAAGGUCAUCGCUGCCAUAUGCCAUGGUAUUGUCAGUGAUGGUAGUGAUGUCUGUGAAAGUACUUGGAGGUACUGACAGUGCCUGUGUACCUGAUACUGUGACUUGAAAAUUAAACACGGAGUCCCUGAAAAUAAUUUACUAGUGUCAUUUGUAUUUUUAGUGAAGAAUAUGUUAGUCAUGCUGCUACUUGACAUUGUGUACAUACUGAUGAGAACGUGUUUGCUGCUUAUGUUCUGGGUUAGAUGACACAUUCUUCAUAUCUGCAACUCUUCACAAAUAUGCUUAUAAUGUCGUCUUAAAAUUCUGUUGAUUUUGUAUUUUUUUGUUUUAUUUAAUUGGAGCUAUAAAGUGUAUGCAAUGUGCAAUGUGUCAUCAGCUUUCCAUGUCUAAAGAGUUAAACUUUUGUGUUGGCAUGUGACUACCAAAUGUUAAAAGUACCAAGGGUAGUUGUUCAUUUUUGAUGAACAUUUGCAGGAAAAUAGUUUCCUCACAGUGUUAUUACAACCAUGAAAAGUUCUAAAACUGUAGCUAUUGCAUUAAUGAAUUAACAUUAAUGAAAUUCAGGAAUGUUGCACUUGUCUUCAUCAUUUUAUAAUAAUUUCUGUUGGUCUUGAAACAGUACAAGGAAAAGGAAAAUACGCUGAUUUAUGUACUUUAAAUGUUCACAGAUUAUAACAUAUAAAUUUAAGAUGUUUGAUAAAAAGAGAGUUAUUAGCCCAACAAAGAAACUGCAAUGUACAAUAUGACUUAAAAUUCAUUAAUACCUAAAGAUUGUUGUUUUCAUUAUAUUUUACAACAUUAAUUGUUCCAAUGCAGCUGAGCAUGACAAGUAUGGUAACUUCAAAGAUGCUGUAUUUCAACUUCAGGGACUCAGCCAAAGUAAACAAUAAGAAUUGAGGUGUCAUAUCAUAGGAAUGUUUAGAUAGCAGGUAAUUUAAAAGUAUGAGGAGGAAGGAUGCAAUAUGUAAAAGAAUAAGGGCCUGACCAGUCACAGAGAGAAAGAGAGAAGAUGCUUAGUUGUCUCUCUGGUCUCUUCCCAACUUUCAUUCCUUUAUAUGUGAUUGUUUCUUUUGAUACUUCUGUGCUCUCUGUCCAUGAGUUUAACAUUGUAUCUCCUUUCAGUGAAAAUAGGAAAUUGAUUAGAGAACACUCUCUGGACAAGUUGCAGAAAUAGAAAGGAAGAUACAUAUUCUUCAUAUUGAAAGCUAGUCUUUCAACGGCAAUUCCAUAACGUCUCAAGGUGUCUCUGUGAGAUGUGCAGGUCCUUUAUAGAUUAUGUAAUCUCUUAUUUGUAUAUUACAUUAUUUAUGUUAAUGUCUAUCUGUUCAUUGCUUGAAGAUUGUAAUAUACAAUAAAGAGGAAUUUCCAAGCGA